CCCGGCUGCCUCCGCCGCCGCCGCCGCCGCCACGGCCGGGGCCAGGAGGGCGCAGCGCCGGCGGCGGGUCAACCUGGACUCGCUGGGCCAGAGCAUCAGCCGCCUGACGGCACCCUCGCCUCAGAUGAUACAGCAAACUCUCAAGAGGACAUUACAGUAUUAUGAGCACCAAGUUAUUGGUUAUAGGGAUGCAGAAAAGAAUUUCCACAAUAUCUCUAACAGAUGCUCCUAUGCAGACCAUUCCAACAAAGAGGAAAUUGAAGAUGUCUCAGGAAUUCUUCAGUGUACUGCUAACAUACUCGGUUUGAAGUUUGAGGAAAUUCAAGAAAGAUUUGGUGAGGAGUUCUUUAAUAUAUGCUUUGAUGAGAAUGAGAGAGUCCUUCGAGCUGUAGGUGGCACAUUGCAGGACUUUUUUAAUGGCUUUGAUGCUUUGUUGGAACACAUUAGAACUUCUUUUGGAAAACAGGCCACUCUGGAGUCACCAUCAUUCCUAUGCAAAGAGCUCCCUGAAAGUACUCUUAUGCUGCACUACUUCCACCCUCACCACAUUGUGGGGUUUGCAAUGCUGGGGAUGAUUAAGGCUGCAGGAAAGAAGAUCUAUCGUCUAGAUGUGGAAGUGGAACAGAUUGCAAAUGAGAAACUGUGCUCUGAUGGUUCAAACCCAGGCAACUGUAGCUGUCUUACUUUCCUUAUCAAAGAAUGUGAAAAUACUAAUAUCACGAAGAACCUUCCACAGGGAACCUCCCAAGUUCCUGCAGACCUCAGAAUUAGCAUCAACACCUUCUGCAGAGCCUUCCCUUUCCACUUGAUGUUUGACCCCCACAUGUCAGUCCUUCAGCUGGGGGAAGGCCUAAGGAAGCAGCUGCGGUGCGAAACUCACAAAGUGCUCAAGUUUGGGGACUGCUUCGAGAUCGUUUCUCCAAAAGUUAAUGCCACCUUUGAAAGGGUCCUGUUGAGACUGUCCACCCCGUUUGUGAUUAGGACCAAGCCUGAGGCUUCUAGCACUGAAAAUAAAGACAAGGUGAUGGAAGUCAAAGGACAAAUGAUCCAUGUCCCAGAAUCAAAUUCCAUUUUAUUCUUGGGCUCUCCAUGUGUGGACAAGUUGGAUGAACUCAUGGGCCGAGGGCUGCAUCUCUCGGACAUCCCUAUCCAUGAUGCCACCCGAGAUGUCAUUUUGGUUGGUGAGCAAGCAAAGGCCCAAGAUGGCUUGAAGAAGAGAAUGGAUAAAUUGAAGGCAACUUUAGAAAGAACUCACCAGGCCCUGGAAGAAGAGAAAAAGAAAACAGUGGAUCUUCUAUAUUCUAUCUUCCCUGGCGAUGUAGCCCAGCAACUGUGGCAAGGGCAGCAAGUGCAGGCCAGAAAGUUUGACGAUGUUACUAUGCUCUUUUCGGACAUUGUUGGCUUCACAGCCAUAUGUGCCCAGUGUACUCCCAUGCAAGUGAUCAGCAUGCUGAAUGAACUGUACACCAGAUUUGACCACCAGUGUGGAUUUUUGGAUAUUUAUAAGGUGGAAACAAUAGGUGAUGCAUACUGUGUUGCUGCAGGACUCCACAGAAAAAGCCUCUGCCAUGCGAAACCCAUUGCUCUGAUGGCCCUGAAGAUGAUGGAACUUUCAGAGGAGGUGCUGACACCUGAUGGAAGACCAAUUCAGAUGAGGAUAGGCAUUCACUCGGGUUCUGUGCUGGCUGGAGUUGUUGGGGUGAGAAUGCCACGAUAUUGCCUGUUUGGAAAUAAUGUCACUCUGGCAAGCAAAUUUGAAUCAGGAAGUCACCCUCGGCGCAUCAAUGUCAGCCCAACCACUUACCAAUUAUUAAAAUGGGAAGAAAGUUUCACAUUCAUUCCUCGGUCCCGUGAAGAGCUUCCAGACAACUUUCCAAAGGAAAUCCCUGGGAUCUGCUAUUUCCUGGAGGUGAGGACUGGUCCUAAGCAGCCGAAGCCUUCUCUGUCUUCAUCAAGAAUAAAAAAGGUUUCCUACAACAUUGGCACCAUGUUCCUCCGGGAGACAAGCCUCUGAGACCUGCUGCAGAUCAGAGACUCCUCCAAAAAGCACAAGCCCAGAAUGUGGGUCAUGACUGGAGAGCGGAAAGAGAUGGCUUCUCUUUCACUGCUUUGUGGAGAACAAGCAGCGGAAUUUCUGUGGUAUGUCAGGCAAUAAUCCUAGAAAAUGUGGGUGAUGACUAUCCAUUAAAAAACUGGAGGGCAGGGGGGAAAUAGGAUGUGUCCAUCUAUUUGAGUGUUUUUGGUCAUAUAUAUAUUUUAAUUACAACUAUGGGCCCCCUUUCAAAACUAACCAAUAAAUAGAUUCUGCGUUUU